AUGCCUGAAGCGGCGGUGCCCAUGACGACUACUGUCGUAGCCGCGUGCUCGACCUCGACACUGUCUCCCGGAGUGGGUGGGCAGGGCGACAGCGAUAGCGAGGUGGAGGAGAUGACAACCCUCACGGUCCCGUGUACCCAGUCCAUUUCGACCUUGGAGGACGCUGUCUCGAGCUGGUCUGCGUCUGCGUCUGCGUCUUCUUCUUCUGUUUCUGUCUCUGCACAGAUCGGCGCGGGUGCACACGCAUAUGCAGAAGCUACAGCCACAGCCAUAGCUACUGCCAACGCUGACACUAAUGCGCACCCGCACAGCUAUGUCCCGUAUAGCUUCCCCAUUUCGUUUCCCAUGGCCACGACCACGACCACGACCACGACCACAACCACAACCCCGGUCGCCGAGACGGACAUCGUGACCGAGAACCUCGUCCUCGCCACCACCGCAAAGUUCAAUUUCUCCCUGCCUCUGAAGAACGUCACCGUGAGUCCGGUCCCUUUACCUUUGCCGGUGCCAUUGCCAGCGCCGUCGGCAGCUGCGUCGAACGUGUCGAGUGUAUCUGGGGCGGCGGUGGAAGUUCAUCGGCCUUCUUCUUCUUCUUCUUCUUCUUCCUCCUACUCCUCUUCUCUUUCGCCGAGAAGAUGGUCUAGGACGUGCUCAUUGGUUCUGUUCUCCGUCAUCGCCAUCACUAUCACCACCGGGUGA